UGAAACCUCGAAGAAGAAGCAGCAGCAGAAAAGUCCUUGGUUGUAGUCUGCUUGUUGAAAUGCGCAGCGCUCGUGCAGCCGGAUGAUACUGCCGCGAGAAGUGGAAGAAAUACUGGCAGCAAAGCAAGAAAGUCUGCGGAUAUAAACCGAGAUCUCGCUGUACUCUGAGAACACACGGCCUGUCAGAGACGAGAUGACUGACAGCUCUGCAGACUCCAGCACGCUCUGCCUCUUUGAUGUUGACGGCACGCUCACGGCCGCGAGACAGCGUGUGACCCCAGACAUGGCAGAGUUCCUUGAAAAGUUGAAGACUCGGGUUCGAGUCGGUGUGGUUGGAGGGUCGGACCUCAGCAAGAUCAAGGAGCAGCUGGGGGAUGAUGUGAUCCAGAAGGUGAACUACGUGUUUGCUGAGAAUGGUCUUGUGGCCUAUAGGAAUGGAGAGUUUCUCUCUGUGCAGUCCAUCCAGGAACAUAUGGGUGAAGAGCUGCUACAAGAUUUCAUCAACUUCUGUCUCAACUACAUGGCCAAGAUCAAACUGCCUAAGAAGAGGGGGACGUUCAUUGAAUUCCGUAACGGCAUGUUGAACAUCUCCCCUGUUGGACGCAGCUGUACACAGGAAGAGAGGAAAGAGUUCUACGAGCUAGAUCAGAAAGAGAAAAUCAGAGAGAAGUUUGUGUCCGUCUUGAAGGAAGAGUUUAAAGGAAAAGGAUUGUCGUUUUCAAUCGGAGGGCAGAUCAGCUUUGAUGUGUUUCCUGAUGGCUGGGAUAAGAGAUACUGUCUGGGGAUUGUUGAGAAGGACAACUACUCAACCAUUCACUUCUUUGGAGACAAGACUAAACCUGGAGGAAACGACUAUGAGAUCUACUCUGACCCUCGGACCGUCGGCCAUGAAGUCUCCUGUCCAGAGGAAACUCGGCAGCUUUGUCAGCAGCUUUUCCUCUCAUGAGAGAGAUCGCGUUACUGUGGGUUCCUGUACUUUUUACAAGACAGAGACAUCUGAUUAGAGGUCUUCUUCUUUUUGCCAAGAUCUAACCUUGAGGUUUAAUUACAAAGGUAAUGAAGUUAACGCAGAAAGAACCAGUUUCAUGGUGUUUUCGACAGUAAUAAGGACAUUGGGGGAAGAGUCGCUGACAAAUGAGAGGACGGUUUUCUGGGUAUUUUAGAGCAGACAUGGCUUUAAAUGUGUGAUAAUAAAAGUAGGUUUAAAAAUGAUUGGUUACAUUUUUUUAAUGGGAUUCUGGUUUGUUGUUUUCACCAUUACCUCAUGGUUUACACAAAACCACCACAGUGAUGACCAAAUGUUGUCAUCCGCAACAUUUUUCCAUUUGCAGACUAAUGCAGCGUCGUUUUUGUGUAUGUAAUUCGGACCAAUCAUGUUUUUGAUUGUGAAAACAAGAUUCGGCAGGAAAUCUGUUUGUUUAUGAACUUGAACUUGCUUGGAUGUGUCAUUCCAUGUACUGCAUGUCAAUCCCACCUGUUUCUAAAUCAGCUUUUAACAAAA